CACCAUUCAUGCCAACCUGCUCUGUAGGUGUGAGUUCUGGUUCUGCAACUUAAUAACUUAAGUGAUAUACUGAGCCUUGGUUCCUUCUUCUGUGAAAAAGAGAGAUGGAUAAAUCACAUUGAACUAUUCUGUAUAGUCAUUGCAUAAGAAAAAACACAUGUGAAAGGAAAAGUCAGGAAUUUAUGAUACUUGAUUUUAUGUGGGAAACUUAAAUAAAAGGACACUUUCACUUACAUCUUAUGAAUUAUUUUUUUACGAUGAAAAUGAGGAUUUCUGGAAGCUAGCAAGGGGGAGAGGAAGGAACCAAAAGGACAAUGAACAGAAAUGAAAAUUUAUUCAGGCUAAAUUGAUUAUCCACUCAGCACAGCAUCUUACAGGAAAAGCAUAGCAUUUUCUAAAGGAAUAUGAGCAUAGCAGGAAGGUGUCAUUGACUCUGAAUUAAAUUUUUAACCUGUCCCCUCAACAGCUACAGGAUUUGGAAGCUGAAUCAAUGUUAUCAGAUGAGUUAGAAUCCAAACCAGAGCUCCUGGUACAGUUCGUUCAGAAUACAUCCAUCCCAUUGGGACAGGGGCUAGUAGAAUCAGAAGCUAAAGACAUUACUUGCUUGUCCCUCCUUCCGGUGACUGAGGCCUCAGAAUGCAGUCGGCUAAUGUUACCAGAUGAUACUCCAAGUCAUACAAACUCCUCCAAGGAGGUCCCUUCCUCGGCCGUGUUGAGAAGCCUUCAGGUGAAUGUGGGUCCAGACGGAGAAGAGACGAGGGCUCAGACUGUACAGAAGUCCCCGGAGUUUUUGUCCACUCCAGAGUCUCCUAGCUUGUUGCAAGAUCUACAGCCAAGUGAUAGCACUUCUUUUAUUCUUCUUAACCUAACAAGAGCAGGUCUGGGCUCUUCAGCUGAGCACUUAGUAUUUGUACAAGAUGAGGCGGAGGAUUCAGGGAAUGAUUUCCUCUCCAGUGAGAGCACGGAUAGUAGUAUUCCAUGGUUCCUCCGGGUUCAGGAGUUGGCUCAUGAUAGUUUGAUUGCUGCUACUCGCGCACAACUGGCAAAGAAUGCAAAAACCAGCAGCAAUGGAGAGAAUGUCCACCUUGGUUCUGGAGAUGGGCAGCCCAAAGAUUCUGGGCCCCUUCCUCAAGUGGAAAAGAAACUCAAAUGUACAGUUGAAGGCUGUGACCGGACAUUUGUGUGGCCAGCUCACUUCAAGUACCAUCUCAAAACUCAUCGAAAUGACCGCUCUUUCAUCUGUCCGGCGGAAGGUUGUGGGAAAAGCUUUUAUGUGUUGCAGAGGCUGAAGGUGCAUAUGAGGACUCAUAAUGGGGAGAAGCCCUUUAUGUGCCCCGAGUCUAGCUGUGGUAAGCAGUUCACUACAGCUGGAAAUCUGAAGAACCACUUGCGCAUCCAUACAGGAGAGAAGCCUUUCCUUUGUGAAGCCCAAGGAUGUGGCCGUUCCUUUGCUGAGUAUUCUAGCCUCCGAAAACAUUUGGUGGUUCACUCAGGAGAGAAGCCCCAUCAGUGUCAAGUAUGUGGGAAGACCUUCUCUCAGAGUGGGAGUAGGAAUGUGCACAUGAGAAAGCAUCAUUUGCAGCUAGGAGCAGCUGGGAGUCAAGAGCAGGAGCAAACUGCUGAGCCAUUAAUGGGCAGUAGUUUGCUUGAAGAGGCUUCAGUAACCAGUAAAAACCUGGUGCCUAUGAAUUCCCAGCCCAGCCUUGGUGGAGAGUCCUUGAACCUACCAAAUACCAAUUCUAUCCUAGGAGUUGAUGAUGAGGUGCUUGCUGAAGGAUCCCCACGUCCCCUGUCUUCAGUGCCUGAUGUGACACAUCACUUGGUGACCAUGCAGUCAGGGAGGCAGUCAUAUGAGGUUUCUGUCUUAACUGCCGUAAAUCCACAGGAGUUACUAAACCAAGGAGAUUUAACUGAAAGACGGACAUGAGCAUGGGUGUCAACUCCUGGAAGAGCAGCCCUGUCUGAUCCCAGAGUGCACACAGUGGGAACAGGAUGCUUAUGGCUCACGAUCUGCCAGAACCAAAAUGAAUCUGUGAAAGACAGGACCCCGCUUUGGCCUCUGUUCAUCUUUCCUGACAUAGAAGAUGAAUGUAGGAGAGCUUCUCUUCAAACUACAUCUGAUCCAGACAAGGAAGAAAGCAGUGAAUGUGGGCUGGGUAACUGUACCUACCUCUCUUCCCACUAUAAAAUUUUGGGAUGGACUUCUCCCAAAAGUGAAUUUGAUUAUGUGUUGGCUGAAAUUUCUUCAGUAUGACUGUUGAGAAGGGGUUUUCCUUUGAAGACUUUUCAUCCCAGACUCAGCUGUCUUUUCACAUGGAUAAACUAAGCCCUGCCACCAACCAUAAAACUUCACCAAGAAGCUGAGCUUUCAAGAUGCCUUGUUGCUUUGGAGAAGGGAGUGAUGUCAAUUCUGUUGUGGCAUUCUCCCUUUAGCAACCUGAGUAAGAGACUCUCUGCCACUGGGCUGCAAAAAAAUAAAUUACUUGAAUCCCUACUUGGCCCAGGCUGAGGUACUAUCUUGUCACAUCCACCUCUACUUGGCCACUUUGCUUUCUUUGUUUAUGGAAUAUACGAUAGCAUGUUAAAAGGGUUUUUUGGUUUCUUUUUGUUUGUUUUUUUUUAAAGUUAACUAUCACAUGAUUCAGAGCUUCAGUUGUUUUCCCUUUAAAUAAACAAGACAGACCAGUAA